UUAUUUAUUUUUAAUGAAUGUACUUUGAGCUCAGCAAUCUCACAAGCUCAUUUAGACAAUGAGUGACGACAGACGUGUAUUCUGAAUACAUUAGCUUGUAGAAAAUGGCAGUGUUAGAAACAAUUAGUGUUCUAGACAAAGUGUUAACUGUAAAAUUUCAAAAUGGCACAUCAAUUGCUUAUGAAGAAUUUUGGCUGCGUGAUCACUGCAGAUGUUCGACUUGCUACCAUGCAGAUACAUUCCAAAGAGCUCAUCACUUAUUACAAAUACCAGACGUAAACAUAAGCAACGUGAAAUAUGAUAAAGAUCAACUUACUAUAACGUGGAGUGAUAAUCAUGAAUCAGUUUACAAAGCUGAGUUCUUAGCAGAAUUUAGUUAUGACAAGUGGAGGGACAGUCGAAGACUAAAGCCGAUAAUGUGGAGUGGAGGAGACGUAGCGGAUAAAGUCACGAAAAUUCAUGUUGAUGAAUUCCUUAAUUCGGUCAAUGGCGCGAAAGCAGUAUUUAAAUCCCUCCUAGAUUACGGCGUAGCUCUGAUUGAAAAUGUAGACGUAUCAGUGGAAGCGACGGAAGCAGUGUGCAAUGCAUUAGGUGGUGUUCAGCACACGAUGUUCGGUGGGAUGUGGGAGUUCACUACGACGCAGGAUCACGCUGACACCGCAUAUACAAAUUUACCAUUAGCUGUACAUAACGACAAUACUUACUUUACUGAAGCUGCAGGACUUCAGAUUUUGCACUGUCUAGAACAUUCCAGCGGAUCCGGUGGCGAAACGCUACUAGUUGAUGGAUUUUACGGAGCGACCCGAUUGAAGAACGAACAUCACGAUGACUUUGAAUUCUUAACGAACUUUGACGUGGAAGCCGAAUAUUUAGAAGAUGGUCACCACUAUAGAUAUUCAGCGCCAGUCAUAAAAUUGGACAAGAUGAAAGACAUCACACAAAUUAGAUUUAACGUGUACGAUCGUUCAGCGAUGGCAUUCCCCAACGACGAGGAAUGCAGGUCAUACUAUCGCUCGUUGCGGAAUUUGUCAAGAUACUAUGAAAAUCCGGAAUUUCAGUGGAAAUUUAAACUUAAACCAGGCCUUGUAAUGGUGAUGGACAACUUCAGAGUUUUGCAUGGCAGAACGGGCUUCAACGGUAAACGCGUUCUUUGUGGAAGCUACGUGUCGCGUUCGGAUUGGUUAAAUAAGGCUAGAGCGUUGCGCCUUAUACAAUGAUAUGUUGCAUACAAAAUAUUGCUUUCAUUAUAACAGAUUGAACCACUAAA